AUGACUGAAAUCUACCGAACAAUUUCUACCGGACGAAGAGACGACGUUUCGCCGAGUAAAUGCCGUGAGCGACGUCGACGGCGAAUCGAGAUGCGGAGGCAAGCGGCUGUUUUCGGCGAUCCCAACUCGUCCUCGUCGUCUAAGAGUCGAGAUCGGACGGAGCAAGAGGUUUACUCAAGAUUCUCUCUGGUCAGAAAACAGCCACGGAGGACGGAGAUCGGAGGUCUCCCGGCGGACAUCGGAGGUUUCUUCCCGUCUCCGACGAAAUCAGGACCGGAAGAUGAGCCCAUGUACGGAGUAGUUUCAGUGAUGGGAAGAUCCCGUAACAUGGAAGAUAGGGUUACCGUCAAACCGAAUUUGUGUAGACCGGAAGUAAACCGGCAAAGACCGGUUCAUUUCUUCGCUGUUUACGACGGCCACGGCGGUUCUCAGGUGUCAACAAUGUGCAGCACGACGAUGCACACGCUAGUUAGGGAAGAGGUGGAGCAAACAGAGUGUAAAACAGAGGAAGAAGGAAACGACGUCGUGGAGAAGAAAUGGAAGGGAGUUAUGAAACGGAGUUUCGAGAGGAUGGAUGAGCUGGCAACUUACGUGUGUGAAACCACCGUGUCGCUUUGCAGCUGCGAUCCGAGGGAGGCUGCGAUUUCGGGAUCUACGGCGGUUGCGGCGGUGCUGACGCAAGAGCAUAUCAUAGUAGCCAACACUGGCGAUUCACGUGCGGUGCUGUGUCGAAGUGGAGUCGCUGUUCCUUUGAGUAACGAUCACAAGCCGGAUAGACCAGACGAGCGAGCGAGGAUCGAAGCAGCUGGUGGUCGGGUUUUAGUGGUGGACGGAGCUAGAGUUGAAGGCAUUCUAGCCACGUCGAGGGCGAUAGGGGACAGGUAUCUUAAGCCAAUGGUAGCAUGGGAACCAGAAGUAACAUUCAUGAGAAGAGAAUCUGGGGAUGAAUGCUUAAUUUUAGCUAGUGAUGGACUUUGGGAUGUGCUUUCGAGUCAGCUAGCUGGCGACAUAGCUAGGUUCUGUCUCUGUGAAGAAGGUCCCUCGAGCCUUGAUUUAAACAGAACAGCUGAAGAAGACGACAAUGGAGGAGGAGGAGGGGGGUCAGAACAAAUUCCUUCAAGGAGUGUAUUGGCUGCAACGUUGCUUACGCGGUUAGCUUUGGGUAGACAAAGCAGUGACAAUAUAAGUGUGAUUGUCAUUGAUCUCAAGAAUAGCUCUCGAUAG